CUUAUACUUUGUCUCGUAAAGUUGUUGAAGUCAUAUGUCUUACAAUUUGUUCCCUUUUGUAGUGUUUUAAAAAGACCUUUUUUCUUGUAGCUACUUGCAAUUUCGAGCAAAGAAGAAACUCUUUUGACUCACUUUUUACUAAUUACUUUGCUGAUAUAUAGAAGAAAAAAGGUCGUUGUAGGUGGCUUUAGCUGAGGACUGAUUAACCUAGAAAUUAGACUAAUGGGUGGACUGGAAACCCAUAAAUAUUUGGAGCAAGUCAGAGUAAUUGGUUUUAUGCAUUGUUGAGUCCAAUUAGGUGGGCUUGGAUCCGGUGAUAUUUUAAGUCGACCAUCUAAAAUAUAAAAUAUUUGUUUUGCACCUUUUUAUACGAAUCAUUAAAAAUACUUAUUUUUUGGGUUUGUCCUUCUCCCGUUCCGUUCAGUUCAGUUCAAUUCAGUUUAGUUUAAUUCAGCUCUAGAUAAUACUUUUACUUUCACAUAUCACUAUUCAUUUCAAUUCAGUUCAGUGAUUCAUCUAAAGUACUCCACUUCGUUAAAUCGGGAAGGAGAGCUACUUGAGAGCUAGAUGUCUUACUAUGGUUAUAUAAUGUACGUUAGGCAAGUUAUUUCCCAACAUGGCAAUAUCCAUAAACUACUAUGUACGUCAUCUAGCUUAAUUGGUAAGGUUUUGUUCGGAUCGAAUCUCGUCUACAUCAUUACACUUAGUCGCUAAUUUACACCCAAAAAAAUCCAUAAACUACCAUUAGUCAAAGAAAAUGCAAUAAAUGUUUGGUAAUAUACACCUGCUCCAAGACUAACUUGCAGCAUAAUAUUCCACAAUCUUGAUUUACUUCUCUAAAUAACCUAAAUAUAUGAGUCACCUAUUUACAGAAGACCUGUAACGUAUAACAACAAGGUUAUAUAAACUACACAUUAACCAUCAUUUCAUGUUAAGCAAUAUAGUUUCCUCCAUGGCUGCCAUACCAUCUUCAGUGUCAUCUGGGUGCAGCCAGGAAAUUGAUUGGAACAAUUUAAGAUUUGGCCUAACGACCACAGAUUACAUGUAUGUGAUGAAAUGUUCUAAGGAUGAAGAGUUUACAGAGGGUCAGCUUAUUCCAUAUGGAAAUAUUGAGUUGAGUCCUGCUGCUGCUGUCUUGAACUAUGGUCAGGGUGUACUUGAGGGGAUGAAAGCAUUGCAAAGAGAAGAUGGGAAAUUUGUUUUGUUCCGGCCUGUCGAAAAUGCUUUACGCAUGAAAACAGGUGCUGAAAGAAUGUGCAUGCCUUCUCCUUCUGUUGAUCACUUCAUUGAUGCAGUAAAACAGACCGCUCUUGCUAACAAGCGUUGGAUUCCUCCUCCAGGAAAAGGCUCACUAUACAUUAGACCUUUGCUCCUAGGAACUGGACCGACCUUGGAUGUGUCUCCGGCUCCUGAAUACACAUUCCUCAUCUAUGCUACUCCUGUUCGAAACUAUUUUCAGGAAGGUAGCGCGGCCUUGAACCUAUAUGUUGAGGAUCAAUUUGAUCGUGCUUCUCGUGGUGGUGCUGGUGAUGUGAAAUCAAUCACAAACUAUGCACCAGGUAUGAAACCUAAGAUAAGUGCAAAGAACAGAGGAUUUUCGGAUGUGCUGUAUCUUGAUUCUGUUAGCGGAAAAUUCGUAGAGGAGGUCUCUUCUUGCAACAUAUUCAUUGUGAAGGAUAAAACACUCUUAACCCCACCAACAAAAGGCACUAUUCUCCCAGGAGUGACAAGGAAAAGUAUCAUUGAAAUUGCACAAGAUCAUGGUUUUAAGGUUGAGGAACGACAGAUUGCGGUGGAGGAGUUGCUCGAAGCAGACGAAGCUUUCUGCACCGGAACUGCUGUUGGAGUUGUCCCUGUGGGGAGCGUUACAUACCAAGGCAAAAGGGUAGAGUACCGGAUAUCAGACACCAAAUCAGUUUGUAGCAUGUUGUUAUCAACAUACAUCGGUAUACAAAAUGGUCAGAUUGAAGAUAAGAAGGGUUGGAUAGUAGAAAUUAGCUAAGCUAAAGUAUGUUUGAUUAUUUGACCUUGAUUUUGGAUAUCUAAGGCUUGAUUAGUUGAUCAUUAUAUCGAUUGUGUUCUCUCAUAUAUAAGAUAAUCUUUCGGGUAAUAAGUAAUUGUAAUGAGUACUUGCUACAGCCAGUGUAUACCUUUUAUAAAAUUCGCGUUUUUGUACAUGGACUAUAGCUUUUUAAGUAGCGUUUAGAUGUUUGAUCAAAACUCUAUCAAAGGCGAAAUAUUAAUUUUUUGCGUAA